CGUCAACCUGUCAAUCGUAUUAGAUGACGUUUGAGCGGCAUCAUCUUUUUAUUAACUCGAGCGAAUGUGUAUCGUGGGCGUGCUUCUUUGGGGUUUGACGUGGCAAAAGGUUUCUCAGGGAGCUUCGGGUAUAUAGUCAGGGGAGAGAAGGCAGCGACUCCUACCUACUUCAAGGAAUUCCCCAAGAUAUCAUCACGACUCCACAGGCAUCCAACAUAAAAAGAAAUACAAAGAAACCUCAAGAAGUAAGCAACCAACAUGCCUGAGCACCACGGACACCCACCGUCUGGCGUCACCGACACGGCGGCCGACAACGCUCACGAAUUCAUCGAGGGCGCAGAGGAGCAGGAACACAAGGCCCAUCCCGAAGCGCAGCUUGACCGCGGCGUGCAUCAAGAGACCGUCGAGUCCGGGAGCAAGGGACUGGGCGCGACUGACAAGGGAGAUGGCCACUCAAAGUCCAAGAUGGACUCUAUCAAGGAGGCGCUGCAUCUCAAAAAGGACGACAAAUGAUAUGUGACCAUGUCAUGGCUGCGGGAUGAAUAUUGAGGGCUGUGAUUGACAUUUAAGGGCAGUGAUGAAAUUUACCGAUGAGAUUGUAUUUCGUGUGAGGGAGUCUUUUAUCUCUGCCAACCAACAAAUGUAUAAUUAAGGAUAUUGUUGGUCUAGGUACGUUUCUAAUCUAGCAAGCAAUCCACCCAAAGUAUCCGG